AAUAUUCUCCUUGCAGUUAAAAUUAAAACUCAAAUGCAAAAAUAGUGAUUCAAGAUCUUAAAUCCCAAAUCUCACAGAAAACAUUUUCAGAAACCAACCUACCGUAUUACUUACUCAUAUACCUAUUUCUAAUCCCAUAAACACUUCAAUUAUAACCCGUUAAGCACGACCCCGAGGGUUGAUUUUAUCUCAAAUGUUGUAAAGAAACUUGGAUACACCACUCCAAAAGCUAGCUCAAGGGGUGAGGGAGUGUCCAAAGUCUUAUAAAGACCACAUUAGUUGCUCAUACAACCAAUGUGGAAUUAUAUAUCUCAACACGCUCCCAUACAUAACUCAAGGGGUGUGGGACUAUAUAUCUCAACACGCUCCCUUACACAAGGGCCCUUUGGACUUGAAGGGUGGAUUAUGUUUGUGUUUUUUGUGGACGGUAAGGAUCUGAUACCAUGUAAAGAACCUUGGAAUACACCACCCCAAAAGUUAGCUUAAGGGGUGGGAGUGCCCAAAGGCUUAUAAAUUUCAUAUUAGUUGCUCUGGGACUAUAUAUCUCAACCACAAAAAAGUAAGUUUGACAUUUUCAAACUUGGCAUUUAGUUGGCAACAACUUCGUGACUGGUAGCUACUUCUACUUGUAUUGUUUCUCGGUAAUUUCGCUACCUUUCAAGACCCCCGCACAAUAAAUGCAGCUUCUGGCAAACCAAAAGAAACCAAGAACAAAGAAAAAGAAAAAUCUACUCUUCAUUUUCUUCAACAAACACUCUUACCCAAAUAUGGUGAACUUCAGAAAGAACAAAGCUCCCUUUGAGAUCAACCUCUCUCUGCUUUUUUUUCUCCUUCAACUUCAACUUUUGUUCAUUCUGCAGGCUUACUCAUACAAUUACAACCCUGCUGAUAAUUUUGCUGUUAACUGUGGCAACUCCCGAAAUAUUAGCUUUCAAAAUCGAAAAUGGGUUGGAGACGACGUUGACACCAAACCAUUUUCAAUCAUUGAAUCACAAACUAGUCAAUCAUUGAAUGCACCUAACCCUCCUACCUCAGUUCCAUUUGGUUCCGCACGAAUCUCUCACUCCAAAUUCACAUACUCUUUCCCAGUCACCAACGGUCCAAAGUUCAUUCGGCUUCACUUUUAUCCAACUUCAUAUCUCAACUUUGAACCCAACAACUCCCUCUUCUCUGUCAUAGUAGGAAGCGACCUUACCCUUCUCAAAGACUUCAAACCCUUACUUUGGGUUCACAACAAUCCUGAUGAUAACAAAAUCACCAAAGAGUACUGUAUCAACGUGGAAAAAGGUGAGAGCUUAAACAUAACCUUCAUUCCCAGCACCAAUCACUCCAACGCUUACGCUUUCAUCAACGGAAUUGAGGUCGUGUCUAUGCCCACCCACCUCUAUUACAGUGAUCCAAACGUAGAUGAUCCUAAUUUGGAGGUUAAACUCGUGGGUCCUGAUAACUACACUCCACACCCAAUUCAAAAUUCCAAAGCGUUGGAGACACUUUACAGAGUCAACGUUGGCGAUCCCCAGGUUCCACCAAGUAAUGAUACUGGUAUGUUUCGGAAUUGGGACAACGAUUAUCCUCUCUACUUGGAGAAGCAAUAUGGCCAAACUGUAUCAAGUGGCUAUGGAAUUACUCCAAUCUACAAAGAUAAUGUUACUCCAAAUUACACAGCACCAAGCGAAGUAUACCUCACUGCAAGAAGUUACGGGAAGGGUGCGACUGAGAAUUAUAAUGUGACAUGGAAUUUUGAAGUGGACUCAGAGUUUACUUAUAUGGUGAGGUUACAUUUCUGCGAGUUUGACAAAUUGAUUCAAAGUUACGGUGAUAGAACUUUCCAGAUUUUUAUAGAUGACACUUUGGCUGAGGAAAAAGCCGAUGUUAUUGGCUGGAGUGGAGGUUACCUUGUUCCUGUUCGUAAGGAUUAUGCUGUGCUUAUGUCCAAACAUGGAAGCACUGAGAAAGUUAACCUUUCGAUCAAACUUCAACGGUUGCCAGAGGGAGAAGGUAACACCAAAUAUGUUGAUGUCAUAUUGAAUGGCAUCGAGGUUUUCAAGAUAAGUGACGAAAAUAACAACCUCGCUGGAACAAAUCCUGAACCAACAACUCUGUCUCCUCCUCCGGGACAAGUGGUUCAAACAGAGUCAUCAAAGAAAUCGAAGAAGACCAUUGUAGUUAUCAUUGCCGCGGUUGCAAUUUCGAGCCUCGUGAUUGUGUUUGUUGUUAUUGGGUUUUUAGUUUUACGGGGAAGGAAAAGAGGUGGUGACGUGGAUGAAAAUGAAAACUCAUCAUGGAAGAGAAAGAAUGAAGGUUCGUCUUUACCAUCCCAUUUGUGUCGUUACUUUACAAUCGCUGAGAUAAGAGCUUCCACAAACAACUUCGAUGAUGUUUUCCUCAUCGGCGUUGGAGGUUUCGGCAACGUGUACAAAGGUUACAUCGAUGGUUCCACACCCGUUGCGAUCAAACGCCUUAAACAGGGUUCUCAACAGGGUUUCAAUGAGUUCAUGAACGAGAUUGAGAUGCUUUCUCAGCUUCGUCACCUUCAUUUGGUUUCCCUCAUUGGUUAUUGCAACGAUGGCGCAGAGAUGAUCCUUGUUUAUGACUUCAUGCAACGUGGCACUCUCCGCGAGUAUCUCUACGACUCAGAUAACGAUCCCCUUCCGUGGAAACAGAGGCUCGAGAUUCUAUUGGGUGCGGCAAGAGGGUUGCAUUAUCUUCAUGCGGGUGCGAAGCACAAUAUCAUUCACCGUGACGUGAAAACCACCAACAUCUUGUUGGAUGAGAAAUGGGUGGCUAAGGUUUCUGAUUUCGGGUUAUCCAAAGUGGGACCCACGGGGAUGUCGAAUACACACGUCAGCACGAUCGUGAAGGGUAGUCUUGGGUAUUUUGAUCCUGAAUACUGCAAGCGUCAAAGGUUGACUCUUAAGUCUGACGUGUACUCAUUCGGUGUGGUGCUUCUCGAGGUGUUGUGUGCGAGGCCACCUUUGAUUCGUAGGUUGGAGAAACAGAAGGCGAGUUUGGUUGAUUGGGUUCGGAGAUGUUAUGAUAAAGGAGAGAUUGAUCAGACGGUGGACCCGUUUCUGAAGGAUUCAAUCACGGAUGAGUGUUUGAAAUGUUAUAGCCAGAUGGCGUUGAGUUGUUUGCUAGAUGAUGGGAAUCAACGGCCCUCGAUGAGUGAUGUGGUUGGGGCACUUGAGUUUGCAAUGCAGUUGGUGGAGACUGAUCAGGAAGAUAACGAGUUUAGUGGGACCCAAGAAGUGGGAAAAAGUGAGCAAGGACCGUUGUUAACGAAGUUUUUGAGUGAUGAAGGGAGUGAUGUGCGUUUCACCAGUAGUGAUGAAUCGGUGUCAAAGUCAAGCAAUGCGACAGCUGUCUCGGCCAGUACUGAGGAACAAGCUUUGGUUUCUGCUACGGUGUUCUCCGAGAUUGCAAAUCCAAGAGCACGAUAGGAGUCGUUGUUUAUAUUUUGCAACGAUGAAUACACCCUUGUGUCUUAGAUUGAUAAAAAAUCAAUGGUUAGUAUAUAGUUAUAAGAGUUUAUAAAUAAAAUUAGGUAUAACCUUUCUUAACAUAUAUUGUUUAAAUAAAAUAAUUUUAGCCCCUACGAAGGUGUUAUUUUAUCAUAUCGUAUUUUUCCAUGAAGUAAAUGAAGAA